UAUUUUUGAAAGUUGUGAAAACACUAUUGUGAAGUUUUUCUUUUGCUAUUUAAGCAAAUGGGAACACAACAAAUAUAUUUAUUGUAAUCUCUCGCUAUAGAAGAACUUCCGCUUCUGAGAAACCCAGAAUACAGCGGAAGUCUAUUGUAGAAAACGCACACAUUAGAUUAGACAGUACAUUGCCUCUGAUUUUCUUUCUCUUUAUUUCCUUUAUUUCCAUUCUUCUAGCACCUGUUUUUCCAUGCUUAUAUUAGUUUAGGCUACUGUUCUUCUGUCUCUUCCUUGAGCUGUGUUGUUAUGACAUAAUUUCCUGCAGCAUUAGAGUCAUUAAACACAUGGCGUUCACAGUUAAAAAACAUCAGAAAUAAUACCAAAAUUAAAAAAUAUAUAUAUAAUUGAAAUAAAGCUUUAGCUGGCCAUGGGUUUAAAUCUUUCCUCCCAGUCCUUCUGUUUUCUGUGAAUAACAGCACAAAGUCUCAGACUCAUGACUUUGCUUUGGUGAAGGACGCGCUGUGGUCACCCGGCUGUGAAUCUCUUCUUCGGUUUGUGAACUGCAAUUAGAAUCGGAGAAGGAAGAAGCUGCGUCUGCGAAAUUUUGCUGGCCCUUUCUGGCCUUGGCGCCGAAUCUUUUUCACCAGUCACAGUUAUGCUUUGCAGGGAAACUGAUGGGGAAAAAUAAAUCUGAUGGGAACGGAGGGAGCAGCAGUGCAUGCUGGGAGGGUCAGUGAGGCUGACGGGAUGAGGGACGAAAGCUUCAGAAGCUCCAGAUAAUCCCACGAAUUUAUGGGAAUUCAUAUCAACCGGUGACGUGGUGCCAGAACAUCUCCGCUCCUUUUUGUGACCUGACUGAUGCGAUGAGUGUUGUGUUGACCGAUAUAAGCAUUAAAUGUCAUGCCAAAAUUACUGUCGAUGGACAGUGCGUGGGUGACGUGAAGUUUGUUCCAUUCCGGCAAACCACUUUGGCAGCACCACAGCUGUCAGUCGCAUCAAACAAAACUCAUCUGAAUGUGACGGUGUCCCCGCCGAUGAUCCCAUGGAAUCGCUCUAUUGAAAGUAUCAGGGCCUGGGGAGGCAUUAAGUACAUAGUUCAUCUGACACAACCCAAGUCAGUGGAGGGAAAGGUAUUUGAGAACACGUCUCGCUCAGUGUUCAUAUGGCUUGUGGAAACAGACGUGCAGUACUGUGGUGAUGUGGUAUAUACGCUCACACAUCCCGGCUGGUCCAAUCACAGUGAAAGCGCCUCCUUUUGUGUCAGUGUCUCAGAUCCUAAUUCCUGGUUUCAUAUCUUAAUGUGGCCUGGUCUGCUGGCUCUGCUGCUGCUCAUCAUCCUCCCCAUUAUGCUUUGCCAGCUGUCAGUAAAGAGAAAGCCUUCCUUACCAAAAGUUCUGAUGCUGUCAAACAACAACAGUCCUCCAUUUUGUUCAGAUCCCCGGGACUACAUAUCUAAAGUGGAAGUGUGGACUGGAUAUGAUCCACUGGCCAUUUUUCCCCAGCAGAAGGUUAAUGUGAAUGCUUAUGCAUCUCAGGAGCCCUACAGAUGUCAACAGGACGUCCCGGUGCAUAACAGCGCUGAGUCUUCAGUGCACUACAGCCUUUGUUUGCCCGACCAAAACUCCAACGAACCAUCAUCCGACGGCAGAACAGAGGAGACCAGCUUGGAUUCGACUGGUUCAGAAUCUGUUUUGAUCAUUUCAGACACUGAAAGCAGCAGUGAGACUCUGGUGGUGCCAGUUAGGCCUACUGAAAAUGGUGAGCUGCGGUUUCAUGACUGUUUAUUUCAGCUUAACACUCAUCUAAGUUCUCCAGCUGCAGCUCGGGAAUCAGAAGGUUUAACUGGAGAACAAACGCCUUUACUAACUGAUCUAAAUCAGAAGGACUUCAGGUGUAACUCAUCCUACCUGUCUGUACAUGUUCCUGACAUUGUGACGUCAAACUACAGGCAGAACUGGGUGCCGGGGAUUCCUCUGGAGGGAAAUCAAGACCAAAGGACUUAUAUUCAGAGGACAGACCACCUGCAGGACUUAACUAAACCUGAGGAGGACUUCAGAGAUGAAGAGGAACAGAGAGUUGGUGUGAUUAUUCUAGACAGAUGGGCGCUGGAAAUGCCGGGAUUGUCUUUGUCUUGCAACUAACCGGCGGAGCGUCUAACUCUUUCCAGUGCUCAUUUGAGUACGUCAUUUCAAGACAAAGAGAUGUUGGUUCUCACCAACUCAUUGCAUCAGGUAGAUGGACCGUGUGAUGGACCGUUUCACCAGCAACACUGAAGGGAAUUUUAAAAGCAGCGAGUGUAUUCACACUGGUUGUGCACUUUGACUGAAACGAAGCUUAUCUGUAGCAUUGCCAUAUUCACAAGUGUUAUCCCGUUUCAUUUUUCCACACAUCCUUGUUUUAACUUAUUAAAUGAAUGCACGAUGCAUGAGUCAAAAUGUAGGCAAACUUGAAAUACAUGGUGAAACAUUUCAUUACUGCAUCGCAAAACAUUUUGACAUUGACUGUUUUGACAGUAUUUGUUGUGCUAAACUGAAUAACGUGAAAGUCGGCAUUCUGUUCAAAACCUAUUUAACUUCUGACGUAUUUCAGAGUGAAACAGUAUGUUCAAUAGCUACGUUUACAUAUCUGUUUACAAUGGCUCAAUCAGACUGAAAAGCCUUCAUGUAAACGUACAAUUUCAAACGGAUUCAAAGGGACGGUGUUGACCUGAUAUUAUCCGAUAAACAGGAAAAAAUUAAACAUGUAAACUAGGGGUGUGAUGAGACACGAGAUUGAGUUCACGAGAAUGAGACAAAAGAUUUUUACACAGUAUUUUUAAGAAAUACUCAAUGACUAGAAAAAUAGUCUGCAUUAUAAACUGCGUUUUACUUUCGCUUUUGCGCGUAUUCUGUGAAUAGGGAACGGCGGUGCUGAGCGCAUAAUCUAAAAUGCAAGACAUUUGUCAACGCUUAGGCUCUGUUGUGCAACGAAUCCUCCGCCAUGGUCUUGUCAGUCAUCUCGUCACGUGAUCACUGAACUCUGAUUCCUGUUGCACUACGUACGACUCUGCAGCUCGUGUUGGAUGAGUUGGAUUGAAGUGACAGUUAUCCAGCAAAAUUAAACGAUUAGUCCACUUUCAAAUAAAAUUUUCCUGAAAAUUGUCAUCCAAGAUGUUCAUGUCUUUCUUUCUUCAGUCGAAAAGAAAUGAAGGUUUUUGAUGAAAACAUUCCAGGAU